GUCAUUCCUUGAUUUUUUGCUCGCCUCGAUACUUUGAUACCUACACAUCAAGCACAGUUCUAGACCCGCCAGGCAUCAUAUCAUAUCCGCCCAACCCACGCCUCGUCUCGCCUCGCCCCAUUACGGUCAACCCUGAUGCGUUGUCAAUACUAAGUUGAAUGAGGGUUAAGGCGGAGUUAUUGUUUCAGCCUGAUAUGAUGAUAUAAUGCGAUAUUAGAUUUAUAUCAGCAUACCCCGGAAGAUCAUUCUUGAUACAUACUACAACCACCACUGCACUCUACCACUUACUACUACUUACUAUAUACAUCCGGUCAACCCAAUUGUCUAUAUACUACACACCACACUCACCGCACACAUCUAUACUCACCACCACCCCACCCCCAAAGGAACAAAUACUAAACCAAAAUGGCAAUGCGAAUCUACCACCGCCGACCCCGCCGCUACCACUGGCCGGAACUCCAACUCAACAUCUGGAUCAUCGUGGUCCUCUCCUCCUCCGCAAUCUGUCUGGGAAUAUUCGCCUGGUUCAUGACAGUUCAAAAUGACUUGGGAUUGGAAGUUCCUUGGCUCUUCCCCUACAUGAUAACAACCGGCGCGCUCGGCAUCUUCUUCGUAAUCUUCAUCCUAAUCCUAGCGGCGCAACGCUUCCUCCUGCCCGGGAUAAUCAUCAUAGGAGGGUUUAUUCUCUUCGUGCUAUGGUUAACGGGACUAGUGGAGACAUCGCUCCAAUUGUAUGGGGUCGUCGCGAACGUGAAUGAUAAUUGUCGCAAUUAUAUUGAUAAUGUUAAGCCUGUGGGCGAUGGGUGGAAGACAUUGGCGUGGAUUGAGGAGGAGACUAUUUGCAAUUGUUGGAGAACGGCGUUUGCGUUUGAAUUGGUGAAUACUAUCUUUUAUGUCUGGAUGAUUAUUAUGUCGUGGCAGGUUAAUCGGGAUCUUUAUCGUUGAUUUCUAUCCCUCUUUGAGAAGAG